AUGCGGAACGCACCCGUCCGCCCAAAUCGGCCGAACGAGGUGGAACCGAGUGCGAUGGAAAAGAAAAAGAAAAAAUCGCGCUGCGGGUCUCACCCUCCCUCCCUAUUCUCACCUUUCUCUCCACCCCGCACGGUCGCCACCUCCACCCCGCACGGUCGCCGCCGCCUCCACCCUGCGCGGUCGCCGCAGCUCGCACCCACGCCGGCGUUGUCCCCGAGCACUCGCACCCACGCCGGCGCCGCCCCCACCACUCGCACCCACGCCGGCGCCGCCCCCACCACUCGCAGCCACGCACGCAGCGGGCGGAUCGAGCGGGAGCAGGCCGGUUCGAGCGGGAGCAGGCUCCGCGGGGACGGACGAGGCAGAGGCUGGGAAGGGCGGGACAAGAUGGGCAAAAGCAUGGAUAAAAGGAAAAGGCUGAUUAGGGGAGCUGCUGUUUUUGUUGUUUGGGCUGCGAUUGUUGUAGCUGUUCGGGUCUUAAAAAGAAAGAGAAGACCACGUAUUUCCUAUGGGCCAAUGCAUGAAAGAGAUCGAAUGAGAAUUGAUUAUCUCACUAGUAAAAUAUGGCACUCAGAUGUGACUUGUAUAAACAUGUUGCGGUUUAACAGAGCUUCUUUCUUUAGGCUGUGUGAGAUAAUGAGAGAACGCAAUUUGCUAGAAAAUACUGUCCAUUUAUGUGUGGAACAGCAAGUGGCAAUGUUCUUGCAUACCAUUGGACAUAAUUUUCGAAAUAGAGUUGUUUCAACAAAUUUUGGUAGAUCGUUCAGCACAACUAGCAUAUAUUUUAGGCAAGUCCUUCAUGCCAUUGGUGAGCUGCGUAAUGAAUAUAUCAGGCCACCUUCAUCGGAGACCCCAGAAAAGAUAGCAGGAAAUCCUCGGUUUGACCCAUAUUUUAAGGAUUGUAUUGGAGCUAUUGAUGGUACACAUGUGCGAGCAUCUGUUGUUAAAGAUGUGGAAGAUUCAUUUCGUGGUAGGAAGCCUUUUCCUACUCAAAAUGUGAUGGCAGCGGUAGAUUUUGACCUCCGGUUCACAUAUGUGUUGGCUGGGUGGGAGGGGACAGCCCAUGAUGCAAACGUUUUAGCUGAUGCAUUAGGGCGUGAGAGAGGCCUGCAAGUACCAGAAGGAAAAUAUUACCUAGUUGAUGCCGGAUAUGGAGCCAAGCCUGGCUUCAUCCCACCGUUCCGUAAUGUGAGAUACCAUUUGAACGAGUGGGGCAACAAUCCCGUCCAAAAUGCGGAAGAACUUUUCAACCUUAGGCACUCAUCUCUACGUAUAGCUGUAGAGCGAGCUUUUGGAUCCCUCAAGAGAAGAUUCAAGAUUUUAGAUGAUGCCAAACCGUUCUUUCCCUUUUCGGUACAAGUUGACAUUGUUGUAGCUUGUUGUGUUCUUCACAAUUAUGCACUAUCCCAAGGAAUUGAUGAAUUCAUCUUACCGGAGGUAACUUGGACCGCCCAACCAAUCCGGUCACAAACUCAGCAAGCAAGAGACCAUAGAGCCACAACUGCAACUGGGAGCAAGGCCAAGUCAGUAGUAUGCUGGACCAAUUCUAUGUCCACCAUGAUGCUUGGCUUUUUGGCUGACCUUGUGGCUAGUGGUAAAAGAACAUCAAGUGGUUUCAAGCAGUGUCACCACAACCAAUGUGCUCAGGUUCUGAAUGAACAUUUCAAGCUAUCAUUGAAUCAUGAACAGAUUAGCAACCACCUCAAGAAGUGGAGGAAGAUUUGGGGCAGGCUGAUCCAGUUGAAAAAUCUGAGUGGAGCUCUAUGGGAUGAGGAUACUUACACUAUUCGACUUAGCGACGAACACUACGCAGGGCAUUGCGCCAACAACAAACCUGAUAUCCCAUUCUUGAAUACCCCAAUUGAGCACUACCGUGCAAUGGAAACAAUCUUUGGGUCCACUACAGCAACAGGGAAGUAUGCCAAGUCUGGGAAUGACCCCUUGUCUAUCGAUCUUGAAGAUGAAGGCCAACAGAGUGAGCUGAACACAUCGCCAAACAUGGGCGAGUCGGCUGGCAAAGCACCACCGAAGAAGAAGGCCAAACUUGUGCAUAAGGAAGAUGAUCCAUUAGUCACCACUCUCCAAGAUGGGUUCAAGAUGAUGGCUGAAGCUCUUAUCAAGUCAGGUGGAGAUGGUGAUGAUGUACCUGAUGGCUUGUGGGAUGCGUUGGAUGAACUGAAAGGAUUUAAAGAUGAGCACAUGGCUCAUUAUUAUGCUCAUCUAGUUGAGAGGCCCAAGAUUGCAAAAGCAUUCAUGACUCUUAGCAAGCAAAACAAGUUGGUCUGGGUGAGUAGGUUCAUGGAGAGGGAAUUUGGAAUGGUCUAUAAUCUGAAUUGAAGUGAUGGUAUGAACUUCAAUUACCUUUAGGCUAUGUUUGGUACCUAUUAUGAUAUAUGGACUGUAAUGAUGUAAUGCCCGUAGGCAACUAUGCUUUUGGAUAACUACUACGCCAUGAACUAGACAUUGUUGAAA